AUGAUUUCGUUUCUUUUUAAUUUCAUAUCAUCAAAAGAAAUAUCAGAACCAGGAUUUUACGACAUUUCAUUACAGUCUCAAGAGAGGUUAAUUAUCAAUACUAAAAAUGGCAAAAACAGCGCUCAUAUUUUUUCAAAAGUAAAAAGCUCGGUUGAAGCAACAAUAGAAACAUGGAAUUUAACAAAUUCCAAUUUCAUAAAUAAAAUCGAUGACUUCCAAGCCGUUACUAUUACUGGUGAAAUCUCCAAAUCUCAAAUAACAUUCACAUCUGAUGUUACGCUUAAAUUAUGGCUAUUACCAGCAACAGAAUGUGCUGGUGGUGCAAACUAUUAUCAAACAAAGCAAUACCUCGUUGAUGAACUCACUCCAUCCACAUUUUUAAAGGAAAACGUAUGCGUAUUCUCGAAUUUCGAUAGAGAAGGAACAGUAAAAGCCUUUAUGGAGCGUCGUAAGAACCAAGGAAAUCCAAAUCUUGUUUAUAUGAAAGCCGAAAACUCAAAAGUUGUUCCUACAACAAUAUGCAAUUAUUCUCAAUGCGAGUUCGUUGGCAAUAACGAUGGCUACAUUAAAUACUCAAAUUUCGGAGAUAAUACAACAUUUAUUUAUAAACUCGAAUUUGCAGAGAAUACAACUACAGAUAUCUGCAACAGAAAGAUAAUUCCUAUUGUUAACGUGAAUAGCAUGGAAGAUAGGUUCUUCAAACCUCUCAGACACGAAUUAGAUUGUUCUAAGCCUGCAUCACCAGAUCACUCUUACUAUAACUUCUACUACGCUACAGGAAUACUCAUAGUAUUAUGCGCUGUAUGCUUAUUUGCUGUUUACAAAGGUUGGUGCGCAAAAUUAUCUUAUAAAGUAUUUGGAGGCAACAAUGGAGAGCCAACUAUUCAGAAUAUCGACGAAGAUCUCGUUGAUGAUAUUGCUAUCGAUGAUGCCGAAGAAGACGCCUAA